UGACGGCAUCGCUUUAACGCAGCACCCAACUCACAACUCUUGACUCCCAUAUUCUUUAGAGCAGAAACAACAACAACAACAAGGAUGCCGCGAGGUGACAUUUGACCACAUCGCUGCCGACCCCGUUCGACCGAAGACCCUCUCGCAAUGUCGCCUUCGCAAGUCGAAGUGGUGGCUCUUGCGCUGGCGGACGCGGCGUUCGACAAGGACGAGGCGGUGCGGGAGAGGAUCGCUCGCUCCCUCAACGAGCUUGGAUGCCGCCAUCCAGAACCCGUGCUCGAGUGCUGCCACUCCUACCUCACCAAGCACAGCAAGCUCCCCCAGGGCCAUCGCGUGGUAAUCCUGCUCAGCAUGGAGCUCAUCAUCAAGGACACGCUGCACCAGCUGUCGGAGCCGCUGGCGCGCAGUAUUGUGGCGCUCACCUCCGAGGAGAUGACUCGCUCCAAGGAGGUGUUUCCCGAGUGGCAGCAGGCAGCCAGCAACGUGCUCGUGGCCAUUGGUAGUGGCUUCGUCCGUGUGGUCAUGGAGGAGCUGCUGCAGAAGUUUCAGCCGGGAACGAUACCGCACUUCUUUACGAUGAAGACGCUGGCUAAUUUGGCCACUGCCAAUGUGUACGGGAUGGUGCCCUUCCUGACCGCAACAAUGGGCAUCAUGCUGCCCAUGCUUGGAGUGACAAAACAGGACAACAUGAGAUGGGUCUUCACAUAUGCGCUGAGCCAUUUCAGCGAGAGCAUCUUGGAGUACGUGGCGAAUCUGGACAAGGCACCCGACCCCACGGUUCGGAAGGAGGCCUUCCAAAAUGAAAUCUACUCUGCCUACGACGUCCUCUUCAACGUCUGGCUGCAGAGCAAGGAGGCCAAGCUUCGUCUGAUGAUAGUGGAGGCGCUGGGCCACAUGGCACACCUACUCACCUGGGAGAAGCUGGAUGAGCAGCUUCCGCGCCUGCUGACCGGUUUCAUGAUGCUGUACAAAAAGCACUCGGAGCCCUUCUACAUCACACAGGGUCUGUGCCAAGUUCUGGACGCGUCGGCGAAUGUGGGCAGUCGUGUUCCUGAACCCCAAGUGGACGUACUGCUUAACACCCUCCACCAUCAGGUGUGCAUCCCGGUGGAUUUCUCAAACAACCUGGCGAUGAAAAAUCACAAUGAGAUUCUUCGCUGCUUCACUGUCAUAAGCAGGGUUAUCCCCGACCGCCUGCUGGCGUACCUGCUUCAGAAGCUGGAGCAAAACAACGAGCGCAACCGCAUCGGAACGCUCAUCAUCCUCAAGCACCUCAUCAACUCUGCGGCCCCUCAGAUCGAGGACAAAAAGCCUGUCAUUCUCUCUGGACUCAAACUCCUCUUGCUCGAGCAGAGCAAUAAGGUGAAGAGGGCCCUGGCACAGGUAGUGAUCACGAUGGCGCACAGAGGAUACCUGGAGCUGGAAGGCGGCGACCAGAUGGUGGAGUUUAUCAUCAAACAGUGCGCAAACACGGGGGAAACGGCACCGGUGCAGGGCAAGCCACGGCCGCCGGACCCCGAGGAGGUGACGGACGAAGCGCUGCGGGGAAUGUCCGAGAACAUCCUGCACCUCGUCACCACCACCAUCGACAACAUACACGGGGUGCUGUGGCCGUAUCUACUCGGAUUCGUGUGUCCGCUGCAAUACUCGGGGGCGCUGGCCACCGUCUGCCGUAACGCGGCUUUCCUGGCUUUCAAGAAACGCGACGCUCAGGCACCCGACUACCUCCUCAACUACGAGACGCAAGCAAAUUUGCCGAAACCGCCUGCCCUGCUCACUCGAUUGCUGGUGGUGUCGUCGAUGCCGUGGGAGGGACCGGACCGGGGCGUCUCAGCUCUCCGGCUGCUGCAGGUCAUGGCCGACAAUGUGCACCCGUCGGCACGCGCGCCGUGGGACCUGCACGUGCCCAAGCUCGUCCAGCACCUGGAAGAGUCUGAGGAGCAAUGGUCACAGAAGAAGUGGGAAGACCUGCUUCUCAAGUUUCUCUCCAGCACCCUGGAGGCAAUUGCCGACGAUGGAUGGACCUGCCACCUUGGGGAGGAGAUGUCCAAGCAGCUGCCCAACUACAGCAGCGUCCCCAGAGAGAAGGGCUUCCUCUACAAGUGCAUAGGCGUGGUGCUCAGGCAGUCGACCAACAAGACUUUCGUAAAGACGCAGCUGCACACGAUGCUGAGCGACGUCAAGCACACGGAUACCAUAGAGAGAGAGGGUCUGGCUGUUGGCAUUGGGUUCAGUGCCUCUGCUCACCUCGAUGACACGAUUUCCAAGCUGGAGGAAGUAGCCAAGAAUGAAGUUCUUAAGAAAACGAUCAACAUUUUCAACCUUCUCAAGGACAAGUCGGAGGUAGACGGUGAGAAGGUCAGGAGCACCAUCAUCCUCUGCUACGGCUACGUGAGCAUGUACGCGCCGGCAUCCCUGCUGCCUUCGAGGCUCGAGGCCACCAUUAUCAAGAAUGUCACCGUUCUCUACACCUCCAAGAUCCUCGGGAUUGGUGUGGCUGUGAAGGACUUGACGGUGAAGCUGAGUCUCAUCAAGACGGUGUCGCUCAUCGCCCAGGCCGUGCACCCCUCCAACCUGCACUCCGCCUUCCAAUUCGCCAAGAAACUCGAGCUGCUUCACCUCAUGCAGGAGAUGAUCAAAGCUGAGCCGAGCAGCUCCCUGUCCACGCUAGUCAGGCAGACCGCGCUCACGGCGUGCUCUCACCUGGUUAAGCUGGACCCCCCGCUGGCGGAAGUUGACUCGGUGGAGCUGAUGAAAACCUGCUUGUACAGCGUGUACAUCUUGCCUCCGCUCCCCUCCGACCACUCUAGGGACGACGCCGUGCCCGACGGGGAGAAGAAAGAGACUCUCAUGAAGGACACAGUUUCGGCGCUGCACGAGCUGCUUGUCGAGAUCCUCCGCCGGGACCUCACCCCCGGUGGCCUGCAGACCGUCUUCAAGCAAGUCGAUGGCUGGAUCGAGUCGGUCCGCGACCACGAGCGGGAGCGAGCGCUCUUCACCGUACACGCCCUGCUGCGCUGCUACUACAGCGGCGUCCGCGUCACGAGCAUGGUGUCGCUAAGCAACCUGGGCACGGUGAUGGGGCGGCUAGUGCCACGCUGCACUGACCCCGUGCUGUCGGUGCGCCGCUGCGCUAUUCAGGCCUUGUACGCCAUCCUGCGGAUCCAUCUCAAGUACGAAGGAUUUUCCCCUGACUACAAGGACGAUAUGGUGGAGGGGAUCCUCACUCUGAACCAAAGACUGGAGCAGUUGAACCAGCAAGCACUCCAGCAGGCCGGCUCCGACAUCGCCAAGGUGCUGGGCAAGCGCGUGCCACAGGACCAGCUGGUGCCGCUGCUCACGGCGCUGCUCAGCAGCCUGGGUGACCACCAGGUCAGCUCGGCCACGGGGGCCAGCGUCGUGCUCAACGGCCUCAUCCGCACGCGGGGGGCGGUCCUGGUCGAUCAGGUUGGCAGCAUGCUGGCGGUGCUGCACCUCCACCUGCAGCAGGUGUCAGCCGAGCCCGUGCGCCACGGGGCCCUGCAGGCCGCACAGCUGCUGGCGCAGCACCACCUGCAAGCCGCGAUCGCCGUCCUGCUCACCUACCCCCUGCCCUAUGACGAGCACGUCCAGGAGCUGUGGCGCUGCCUGGGAUCGGAUGCGGCGACCAUUGCCAAGAUCUUCUCCAACUUCAUUGAAGCUCUGAGUCGGCAGCUGCCCUACCAGGAGAAGCCUGACCCUCGGAACAAGAAGCUGUCACUGCGAUUUGCCACACUGCCGUCGCUAGCGAUAACGUGCGCGAUAAAGGGCGUGCUCGCGAUCCCCGAGUGCGCCGCCGUCAUGGGCGGCGUCUACCCGCAGCUGUUCGCCACCCUCCUCGUGCGCCUGGGCUCCUCCGUUGGCCUGCAGCUGCCCAAGGAGCUCACGGCGAACCAGAAGUCCAAUGGGCUGCCCAGGGUGGCCAAGCCCAUGGACGCCUGCCAGUGCAGCAUCGAAGCCCUGGAGUUGAUGCUGAGCCGCGCCGGCAAUGCCGACGUGGUGCAGGCAAUGGAGAGCGAGCAGGAAUGGGAGCUCAUUAUCGACGAGGAGAGGCACCACCAGGGGGUGGCUGCCCUGGCACGUGCAAUGGCCAUGUACGCGGGGCCUCGCCUCACACUCAUCACCGAGAGCCUGGCGCCCGUCCUCUCCAGCGUCUACGACCGGCAGCGGAUCACGGUGGUGGCCUUCUUCGCAGAGCUGCUGAACCACCAGGCAGUGUCCGAUCUGCUGCUGGUGGACGUGUUGAUGCACAGCCUGCUAGGACGACUGGUGGACAACUCGCAUGUGGUGCGCAUGCUGUGCAUCCGUGGCCUUGGCAACAUCGCGACGGGCGCUGCGCACAAGGUUCACAGGUACUCGACGACGGUGCUGUCGGCGCUGAUCGCCGGGAUGGACGAUAAGGAUGACCCAGAUGACCUCAUCACCCUGGAGGCCAUGUCCGGCCUGUCCAAGGUUCUGGCGCGCGUCGAUGAGAGCAACGUGCGUGGAAUCCUCAUCAACAUCGCUCUGCGCAUCCGUCCCUUCUUCGAAAAGGAGAAGGAGACCGUUCGCGCCGCCGCGUUCGUGCUGUUCGGGAACCUGUCCAAGUUCGGUGAUGGUGAGUCCCGCGGGCAGUUCUUGGAGCAGGUGCACACCAACCUGGUGAGCAUCCUGCUGCACCUGAACGACGAGCACCCCGACGUACGCAAGGCGUGCAAGUUUGCCCUGCGCACGAUCGGCUCCUUGCUGGGCUCCGAGGCCAUCGGCACCAUGUUCCAGAAGCAUCUGCUGGAGGAUGCAAACCUGCACUACGGGGAAUUCAUGAACGACCUGGCCAAGUACAUUAUCAAGGAUUUUCCCGACAAGGUGAACUUCUACUUGAUGAGCUGCGUGUCGUUCUUCAAAAGCAUGUGGGCGGAAAUCCGCGGCAAUGCUGUGAUGCUUGUCGGCUUCUUCCUGGGCAACGUGGCGAAUGAGACAUUGCAGAGCAUCUCGCUGGAGCACGUGUGCGGGGCUGUGAUUAUUUUGCUCAAGGAUCCAUCCGCCGCGGUGAGAACGAAGGCAGCGGAAGCGCUGAGUCUCUUCCACACGAUGUGAAAGCUCCCGAGCUUGAGUGCGAGAACUGCAAGUACGUCUUGCUGCGCGGUUACGAGUUCCUCCUUUGGAAAAAAGGGGGGAAAGAAAAAACCCAACGGCAAAACAUUGCGGCGUUAACGUUGGCCAAAAAACCCGGUAAAUUUCACAGUCGAGUUUAUUAUAAAUAUAAACAGGGUAGCGGUGUUAACGCGCACGAACGUUGUUUUAUCAGGCGUGUUUGAUUUUGGGGUUGCGGGCAGGGUGAUUGAUUAAUUUGGCUCUGAAGUGACUGUUUAUUGCAACGUCAUUCGAUUCACCGUGUAGCUCGUUUGUUGUUGUGCGCAGCUGCUCGUACGCUUACAUGGCAGCUGAAAAUCCCGUACGGCCUGUUCUGUUCUUUUUCCUUCUGUCCUUUCUCUCGUGGACCAAAUUACGGAGGAUGUGUAUCAGCCCCUUUCGAAUUAUGCGGCAAAAUUAUAGUGUGACGCUCAUGCCAAGUCUGUGUUGUUCCUGGUUGUUUCCAUUGGACUUCGACAAUAUCAUGAGGGGUUGAAUCGCCCUUAUGUUGGGUAUCAGAUCACCGACAUCCUGUAGCAAUCAUUUAAGCCUUACACCUUUUUUUUGUACAUCAUGUUCAUAAUAAUAACUCGUGUCGCUCGGGCAAUUUUUUUUUUCUCACGUGCACAUUUGAAUGGAACGAGACUGCAUGGGUCAGUGCGCGAAGGAAUACAAGUCUAAUGCAGUGUCAGAAAGUGGCGUAACGGAAUGAAAUAAUCUAAUGCCUUGACAGACAGCCGUGAGAUUUGUAAAGCUACUACCGCCGUCCUUACUGAUGUUCAAUGGCCUGGCAGAGAAUGUUGUGUUCCUAAGUUAUUGAUGCUCAGCUGAAAGAGCCAAUGCGUGGGUAAUAUGCUUAUUUAAAGCUGGUGAGCUUUUGUAGGCAUUCAUACCUGAUGUGGGAGUGAUUUAAAAACUGUGUAACGUCCAAUAAUAAGCUCGUACGUUUGUCAGAAGAAAACUUGUGCGCUGUGACACAUAAUUGUACCCUUGGCUCGAUGUAAUUUGAUGAUUGUGCUGAUUUGUGAAUUCCGAGUGAAGAAAUCGCAAAGUCUAAUAUGUCACAUGCGCAAUUGGUCACAGAUCCAUAGUCCGUAAUGCAAAUCCAGUCGGCGCCACAUGAAGGUCAUAUGGUGGGGUUGCGAAAGCAAUGGGCGUGGAAACAUCAGAUGGGCCAAUCUGUUUCCAAUGCCGACCCCGUCUGCCGGGAGUAACACAAGAGAACGUGUGUCGAGGGGAUGCGCAGUCAAUCAUGAUGCGAGUAAUCUCGACCACAUGGCUUUCCCAAUACAGACGCGCGCACACGCUGCAAAUGAAAGUCCCGCUCAACGAUCUCCGAAUCAGAAGUUGCGCUUGCUUUGGAGACCCGCUGUGAUCGAGAAAACUCGCCCACGAUCGGGGCGCGCGGCAUCGUGGUAUAAGCUUGGCGCAGUUUGUGGUUUGGCGUGGGAAGAGUCUUUCGGGGUGGUGCGAGUGCUGCGCCUCGUGCUGAACAGUUUGAGGAAUGCGUGCUGGUCAAGGAGCCUCGUUAGAGAGGGCAUUGCAUAGGAGGGGUGGAGUGUUAGUACGGUGGUUGUUGCACCAUGCAAUGAACCUGGCAACCUGAGUUUGAUUAAUGUCGGUGGUGAGUGGGAUCUGAACUGUUUCUUAAUCUCUCCUUCACCAACCCGCUGUUUGACGAUACUGUACUUCAUCCCACGCUGAUGAACCAUGUUCAGAUAUCCCCCCUUUCACACACGACAUGGUGCAGGCACAUUUGAUCCAACAGUGGAUUGACAAAGGGCUUGAAAUGAUUAUGGUUGUUAUUAUUAUUGUAAUUCCACUGGAAUGGGGUGAGUUGAAGGCAAGCUUGGGGGCGGGAUGUUGGCAAGCUGGAUGGGAACACAGUUUGCCCGACGGUCAGCGCGUGGGCGUUCCUCUCUUCAGACUGCUGCUCCCCCUUUCCACCGAGGAGCCGUGUGCGAUAUGAUGUCCCUCUCGCUUGGACGUCGGCAAAAACAAAUAUCCCAAAGUAAAGUGAAAAACAAUUAAACUUCAGUCUGCGUCGCCACUCCAAACAUUUGACGGCGUGCAAAAGCAGCCGUUGUUUUGGCUCCCAGGCCCUCUGACCCGCACUGGCUGCUGGCCCAAUUAUAACAAGUUUUUUUUUUGUCUGAAUAAAUUGGAGUGUUGCUAAAAUUAUAAUAAUGCCAUUGGUGAAAUGGUUAAUGAACUGGUCUGUCAGCUUGUUAAAUAUGAUUUCGCAUGGAUAGUGAAGGUUACGGAUGUUAUUUUUUUGUAAAAAAAAAAAGGUAGCACUAAUGGGAAUUUUUUCUGGUCUUUGCACGUUACGUACACCUCGCUCCCCUCUCUCUCCCCCGGAAUUGCCGAUGGCUCCACUCAAUGAGACGACAAUUUGUGGCAAGUCCAAGUUGGGAUUCCUGCGCAAGCAGACACUGAGGACAGUUGGUUGGAAAUAAUUAAAAUCCCCUGGGUGGGAGUACUGACUGGGAAUAAAACCCACCUGUUCCACGGCCCUAUUGAUUUUCAGUGUCUGUUUUGUAAGAUUACAUAUAUACCCACGUACACACGUGCGUGUGUGUGUGGGUAUAUAUGAGUGUAAUUAUACAUGCUGCGCACACAUAUAUAAUUAGUCUAUUUUGUGUAUAGACAUUAGUUUAUUUAUGCACGUGCCUAUAAUUGUUGUGCUUGUGUAAUAGCAACUGCCAUCACUUGGUGACGAACAACAACUGCCGUCCGUCACUAAGUGGUUGGCAAUGUCACCAAGGCACUUGUGCCAGGCUAGGUGCACUUUGAGGUACGCAUAAAUGUGCAAAGUGUGUAUAUAUAUACAUUUAUACACACUUGAAAUUUGUAUGAUGUAAUUUGCAUAACAGUGAAAUUCUGACUAGGCAGGAAUGUCAGCGUUUGUCAAAACUAAAAAUUAUUUCCAAAAUACAACCACGGUUGAUUUCCCCAGAAAGCAGUAUGCAUCUUGUUGACCCUGGAUUUGAACUGAUAACCUUCUGAUUGCGAGCCGCAUACUCUAGCGUUGAUCACGUAACCUGAUGGAUAAAAAUGGGCUGAAGGUUAGCAUUUGUAUCUUCCACAAUGUUACAUGUGUUCAUAUUUUUUUUAUGUAAUCAUCUCGCUUAACCCAUGGCCCUAUUGAGACAAGGUUCCAUGAAAUUCUCAAGUAUGAAAAGGCUUUUGAAGCUAUACAUUUGUUAUUUAUUCACUUUUUUUUCCUCAUAAAUUCCUUGAUAUGUAAUAUGAAAACACUGCUCAUGCUGAAAUGUCCAUCGAGGUACAAGUGGGUGUGUGUGUGUGUGUGACAUGAUGAAUAUGUAUUCUCAGCACAGCUUGUCUGGCUGCGAGUCUUAAAUAUGAAUAGGCAAGCUUGGGCAGUAAUAUAAUUAUACAGUUGUGUGGAUCCAGACUGGAGUUGGUUAGUCAUUUGUUGGUCAUUAUAACUCUACAUAAUGGAAUGUGCUAGAUAGAUAUUUUUAUUGACACACGGAUGAAUUGGUUGCCUUUGUGCGAGUGGGAGGUUUGGAGUUGAUAAAACGGACGGGCGUAAAUAAUGGCUCUUGACUUUCACACAGUUUGUGAAAGGUUUUUUUUGUGACGGCAUUGUAAAUGCAUCACCAAGUUACUAAAUGUCCAAGCUGUUCUAAUUUAAUUUGUCAUUUCAUCAACAAAAACUUUUUGAAAGAUCGCAGACACUCGCGUGAAUGCCAAAGCCAUGGAUCCAGCAGGGGCAUUUUAGGGCAAUCGUUGCGGGCAACCAUCAUUGGCAACCGUCGCUUGCAACGCAUAAACCAUGAGCAGACUUCGGUAAGCUUGGUGGGCAACUGAAUGAAGGGACAGAGUUCUCUCUCCUGCAACCCACAGCGGUGUGGAGCUGACAUUGAUUGGUUGAGUCGACUCUGGAUGCCCGUCAUGCCCAUCACACCACAUCUCACCACACAUCUCACCACACAUCUCACCACACUUCUCACCACAUCUCACCACACAUCUCACCACACCAUCAUAGCACUUAACACUCUCUAUGCACACCACAUCACCCAUUUUAUCCACAUCAUCCAUACACCACACUUUAUUCACCCCAUCACACCACAUCACCCCCCCCCCCCCCCCCACAAUCAUAACACACCAUCACUCUAUCUCUCUAAACCAGUGGUUCUUAACCUGGGGUGCACGCACCCCCUGGGGGUGUGAGAUGCCCGUUCUGGAUGUGCGAGACAUACCAGAUGUUUUUAGAAGGUAAAUCGAAAGACAAACCCUUGGUACUUAUAAACAUUAUCCAUUGUUUUACGACUGAGAACCAAAAGGGUGCAAGGCUGCAGUAAAGGUUAAGAACCACUGCUCUACACAAUCAUAGCGCCAUCAAACCUUUCCAACACCGUCAGACCACACGACCACCACCAACAGCACCAACCGUCCACACCGUAUCGUUCCACGCCCCACUCGUGAGGCCGCCGUUCUUUUCCAACGAGGCGAGAGCGCGCGAUAUCGGUCCUCGAUGCGAGCCCUGCGAUUCUGGUCGGAGGUCGGAGGUUGCUGCGAUCAGAUUUGCUCAGAUGUUGGGCGACGAGAUGUCUACGAGCGGAAACGCCACGGCGACCGUCGCCCCCCAAACUCGCCCCUUGGGAUCACGGCCGCGGGGAGCCCGCGGCUGUUUGCCGCUUGACGGAGGAGCGCCGUGCAAGCGCCACUGUCGCACAAUCGGUUUCCUGGCGCUGCGUGGCCUUUAUUACCGACGCCCAUGCUUGUCACAGCAACUCCUGUUUUGUCAACAGAAACGCGUUGCACUCAAUCCUGGACGUUGCUGCGCUUGUUCUACUCAGUGGUGGUGGACCGCUGCUUAUUGAGCCACGGAGUGUGGCUCGGGGUUAAACGGCUCGAAGCGAUUGACACCUUUAAAGCAGCCACCACCCCUUCUACAGCUCGGGCAUGCGGCAGUCCAUUCAUCUCUCGAUGCCAACGUUUUAAUUGGUGAUGUGAAGCCUAUUUUUUCCAUAUGCAUUUGGAUUAGCUUUGAUCCGUAACUUUAGAAAAAGGAUCACAUUUUUUCGAACACAACCUGAUCUCAAUGACUGAUGUAUGAAUUUGCUGCCCCAGUGCUCUGCUAAUCCUCGUCUAUCGUGACCGCGGUGGUGGGGGCGGGGGUGGGGGUGGGGGGGAGUAGCUGUGGAGCGGUUUCUUGCUUGUGUGCUUGUGUGGUCUGGUUAAAAUGGUAACCGUUAGAAACCUUAAACAAAAAAAGCUGUAAAUUGUCAAAUAUACUGUACGUUAUAUACCCGGGUUUCGUGAUGUCAUGCUGUUUACGCCAUCGGUUAAACGUUCGGAAUUGGGGUCGACGGUCUUGAAGGUUGCUGGGUGGCUGAUUUUGAUGCACUUCGUUUGCGUUUGAGAGCAAUGGUCUUUGCAAUACACUUUAAAUAAUGUACAUUACAUUCUACGACUGUACUGAGUUAUAAGCAUCGUGUAGCGAAUGCGUACUUGACGCCAAAAAGAAACACAAUCAUUUUACGAUGUAAAAAUAAAGUUAUAUUGGGACAUUA